GAUGACUCGUUGAUAGCAUUCCCUGAUAUAAAGCCAGCUGCUCACAAGCACAUACAGGUCAUUCCCAUCGAGCACAUACCAACAGUGAACGAUCUCACUCCCAGCGAAUCACAUAGACAGCUGGUGGAGAGCAUGGUGGCACUGGGUCAAAAGCUCGUGAAGGAGCAAGCACCCGAUGCCAAGAAGUACCACUUUGGCUUCCACCCCCCGCCGUUCAACAGCGUUGACCACCUUCACCUGCACUGUUUCGCUCUCCCCUUCCACUCCUC